CAACCAUUUUAUUCAGGGAUUUGCAGAAGGAUUUAUCGUGAAAAUCGCGUAAACAUGCCUAAGUAUUUUUUACCAAAUCACAAAUAAAAAAUAUUUCCCUGUUGUCAAUAUCAACAGAAGAUUUCAAGGUUAUGUGGAAAACUGCGUACGUGUUAUUUGUUUAUUUAAAAAAAGCAUAUUCAAGUAAAAUUUAAAUAACACAUCGAACAUUGAACCAAAUAGCAACAUUAAGUCAACCAUCUGGUACUGAUUUUUGUGAUUUUACAAUUAAUAUGUCGAGUCCACAACAAGAUUCUGUCCUUAAAGCAGGUCACCCCCCAGCAGUAAAAGCUGGUGGGAUGAGAAUAACCCAACACAAAACAAGAAAAGACUCUGGAGGUAUAUCAGAAGAUGUCACUGGUAUCACAGUAUCGGGUAGUCCACCAAAAACUACAACUGUUUCUGGAGCAACAGUAAAAGGCCAUGCUGACUUUCCUGCAGAAGCUUUACAAAGUUUCCACAAGGACAAACCUCCAGCAAAUCAUGCUAACAAGCCUUUAGUGCACAUCCAACAACCCAGGAAAUAGAAUGUUGCCAAAUCAAGAUUCCUAACAAGCCAACUUAAGUAAGAUUGAUGAUGCAUUUUCUAUUUUUUUACAAUAAUUUUUGACCACACACUUAACUUAGUUAAAUUUUUACAUUUAAGAUUAAUUUUUAAAUACAAUGAAAUUUGGCUAUUAUAUGUUUAACUCAUAAAAUAAAAUUUUAUCUAAGUUACGUGUGGAAUGUGAGGUCCUCAAAAUCAAAGUAGUUUUAAGAUUUUUUUUAUUUACAAUUUUUGUCUCGACUACACUGGCCAUUGAUACAGGUACAAUCAUAAUAUCAGCCUUGAGCUUUAACUAUAUUCUAUAUUUAAAAAUCACAUUAUAAUUAUUAUUAUUUAUUUUUAAUUUUUUAAUAAUAAACAAUUUUUUUUUCUUAAUUAUUUUGUCACUAUAACUUCAAUAAAAAUAUUUAAAUAGAAAAACAUUUAUAUUACACAAAUUUUCUUAGUUUAUUUGAUAUCAGGUAAUGAUAAGUUCCUAGAAAAUUAAGUUGCAGGGUUUGAGGUUAGAAGUCAUACAAAAAUACCAUUUUUUAUAUACGUGAAAAAUAAAAUAUAGAGACUUUAAUAAUUAAAGCUGAAGGAGUAAAAAGCCAUUUUAUAUUGUAUUCAACACUGGUUUGAUAUACUCAGAAUGAGAUUUUAAAUGAUUGUAUAUUGUUUACUGAGUUAAGUUGAUUUUAAGACCAUGAUCCCUUAAGAUUUUAUGAUUUAUUUCUUAAAAUAAUGUACAAAUGAUUGUUUUAAAUAUAUAAAAGAAAAUAAACUUGUCAUAUAUUAGUAAAAGAUAUGUUAAUCUAAUAAUCUGUAAAACUGAUGCACCAAUUUAACUUAAGAAGUUUACAUUUUCGUUUGUUAUGAUUCUAUGAAAAUGUUAAUAAGUUUGUUAUUUUAUUAUUGCUUCUGUUUUACUAAAAUAUAGCUGCUUUUGUUUUCUUACUGAAAUUAUAGUUUAUUUGGUUUGGGUUAAAAAAAAAAUAAAUGCGUGUAUUUAAAAAAUAUAUUUAGAGUCACAAUAAAAGAUUUUUAUUACAUUCAUAUAUUUGUUUUAUUUUAAUGUUUUGUUCCAACCAACACAUUUUUUCUCCUGCAGUUCCUUUCUAGUUAAUGGAGACAGAUGCGCUGCAGCCACAUAAUCUC